GAUUAUAUUCUACCUUAACUACCAGUCCCCUGCGAGCAGUCUCCCGUUUGAGCCGUGAGGGGGCGGGGAAAGGGCGGACCUUCGAAAGUGCCUGUGUUCUGGGAGCUUCAUCAAUCAGCGACUGCAGCAUGUGAAAGACAGCUACAAGAGCCAAUCAGCGAUUCAAGUCCCUUCCGGACACGCACUCGCGCCACCCAGGUCACGGCCGUUACUGGUGGCGCGCGCGGCGACUCAAAACCAUGGAAGACACCCAGGCCGUUGACUGGGAUGUUGAAGAAGAGGAAGAGACAGAGCAAUCUAAUGAAUCCUCAGGAUAUAUCUUGGAGCCUAUAGGACGACUGCAUAUCUUCAGUGGUGCCCACGGACCAGAAAAAGAUUUUCCACUAUUCCUCGGGAAGAAUGUGAUAGGCCGACUGCCUGACUGCUCUGUGACCCUGCCCUUUCCAUCCAUCUCCAAACAACAUGCAGUGAUUGAAAUCUCAGCUUGGAACAAGGCACCUGUCCUCCAGGAUUGUGGGAGCCUUAAUGGUACUCAAAUCUUGAGGCCUCCUAAGGUCCUGAGCCCUGGUUUGAGUCACCGUCUCAGGGAUCAGGAAUUGAUUCUCUUUGCCGAUUUACCCUGCCAGUACCAUCGCCUGGAUGUCCGCCCACCCUGUGUUUCCCGGGGUCCCCUAACUGUAGAGGCGACCCCCAGGGUACAGGAAGAAACUCAGCCCUCCAGACUUCCCUUGGCUGAGGACUCAGAGGAGGAAGUAGAUUUCUCAAAAGGGUGUGUGGUGAAAGAAUCACGGACCACAUCCUCCUCUUUGGCAACAGUAGUUCCAGAAAGUGAUGAAGAAGGACCUUCCCUGGCGGUCCUUGGCGGUGACUCUUUUGCCUUCAACUUGGACAGUGACACAGAUGAGGAAGAAGGUCAGCAACCAGCAGCCAGGGAGGCCUCUUCAGCUGCUAGAAAAUGUGCUGCAGCAGAGGCAGAGCAGCCUGAAGCCAGUGGAAUUACAACUGAUACGUGGCCAGGAAAAGUUCAGCCUCUAGGAGAGAUCGAUAAGGACCCAAAAGUCAAAAGGGAUACAGGGAAUAGGGUGGUACCAGUUGGGGUGAUUUUGGAAAGAAGUCAGCCUCCUGGGGACAAUAGUGACACAGAUGUGGAUGAAGAGAACCGGCCUCCUGGAAAGACAGCUGAGGCCCACUUGGAAAGGGUCCAGCCUUCUGGCUUCUUGGAUAGUGAUACUGAUGUGGAAGAAGAGGGGAUCCCUGCAACCCCAGCUGUAGUGCCUAUGAAGAAGAGGCAAGUCUUCCAUGGAGUUGGUACAAGAAGUCCUGGAACACUUGGAUUGGCACAUCUUCAGGAGAGCCCAGCUGGUAGUGAUACAGACAUGGAGGAGGGUGAGGCCCCAUUGGCUGUCCCUCUGGAAAGAAGCCAAACCUCUAUGGUGAUUGAUAGUGAUACAGAUGAUGAAGAAGAAGUCUCAGCAGCACUCACUUUAGCACGUCUGAAAGAGAGCGGAGCUGUUUCAUGGAACAGAAAUGCUGAUAUUGAAAAGGACAGAGUCCAACCUGUGCUCCUUCAGGAGAAAAGCCUAACCACCUCUGAGAGAGAUAGUGACACUGACAUGGAGGAGGGGCUCCCAGUGGAAAAGAGAGAAACUGUCCUCAAUGGUCAAACAGACAAGGAAGAAACCCUUGUUAUAGCAAAUUCAGAAAACGGACAAACUCCCCUUAGAGACAAUGAUGUAGGUGAGGAAGCAGAUAUGAGUUCACCAGGGGUCCUUCUGGAGAGAAGCCAAGCUGCCUCCACCACAGGGGACAUCAACAUAGAAGUGAAACAGGAAGUUCCAUCAGGGCCAGCUGUUAUAUGUUGGGGAAAGCAUCAAGUGCCUGUGAAGGGGACAAAUCAAACAGAUAAGGAAGCGAAGCAGGAAUCAGCAAAGCUGCCCAUAAUGCCUCUAGAGGCAGUCCAGUCUUCUGAUGAGGAUGGUGAAACAGAUAUGGAGGUGGACAUGUCUUCAGAAGUGGCAGAUGUAAGAAAGAGCCAGCUUCUGGGAGAAGGGGAUGCUGAGACAGAGAGGGCUACAGCUGUACUUGAGUCAGAGGGCACUCUCAAAGUGGGGGCCUAUGGUGGAUCACAAGUACAGCAGAUGGUGGUGCACACAGGUACUUCAGGGGAACCCCUCCAACCACAGAGCGAGGGAUAUCCCCUUACAGGAAAGGAGAAAAAACCGCAUAUGAGUGAGGCCAAGGACUCCAAAGACAGCCAUGAUGAUUCUGAAGAUCUGGACCUUCAAGCUACCCAGUGCUUUGUGGAGAGGGAGAGUCAGAAUCUGGACGGUGCUUUGGAUGAACCAUGGGAAGUCUUGGCUACACAGCCGUUCUGUCCGAGAGAGUCUGAGGCCACUGAACCUCAGCUCAUAGCCACCCACCUUGAGGCUAAUGGAUCUUGCCUGUCUCCACCUAGGGCAACACCACAAGACCAACAUCCAGAGAGCCCAGUUCACACAGAGCCGUUGGGGAUUCAAGGCAGAGAGAUACAGACUGUGGAGAAAGACAUGGGUACACGAAAAGAAACAGAGAGGGUGACCCCUGAGAAAGGGCCACUGGAGAGGGAAAUCAGGGAAGGGCCACCAGAAGGAGAGAGAAAAGAUGUGAUGGAGGAGGAGGAAAAAACUAGAGGGAUACAGGACAGAGAGCAAAAACAGGCAUUAGCUGAAGACACUCAAGAGUCUGGCAAAAAGGCGAAAAGCAAGAGUCCUGAAAGGUAUAGGGAGAACUCGAAGGUAGAAAUGGAGAUAUCUGAGGAAACAGAAAAGACAGAGAUAGAGAAGCAGACCCUCACAAGAGAAGUAUUUGAAAAAGUAGUAGAAAAACCAGUUCCAGAGAAAAUGUGUGAAGCUGCUGAGUUAGAAGUGAACUUGGAGAGAGGGGAGACAGAGGGAGGAAACCAAGACCAGAAAGGACAGGCUACUAGUCCAACACCAGAGCCUGGAGUCGGGGCAGAGGAACUUCAGGGACUUGCUUCAGUCCCUGUAGUUUCUGGGAACCAGUCAGGUGGAGGAAGGGAAGCCCUGGUGAGCCCCAGGAGGCAGCAGAGAGGCCACUUGAAUUACAAGAUGCUACCUGCUGAGACAAGUUCCAUGGGUGAUCCAGAAUCCCCAGAUGCUUGCCUGCCUGCUACAAUGCCUGAAGCCUUAGCCCUACCCCUCAACUCCUUUAGCUCUCAGAGCCAAAAACAUCCUGAACUUCAGUCCCUUCUUUCUCCUCUUUCAUCUUUUGAGCCACCCAUUCCUAGGACCAGGUACAAAAGGAGUCAAGAAACUCCAGCGCCUCCCCUAUCUUCAGAGCUGGAACCUUUUCCCCCAAAGCCUAGUGUUAGGCCCCGUCGCUCCUCCAGGAUGACACCCUCUCCACUUUCCUCCGCUGCCCUUGAACUCUCCUCUAUUGCCCCCAAAGCCCAGCCUGCCACCCCUAAGUCCACAUCUCGUGCCACUAAGGGAAGGACACACAAGUCCUCUGACAAGACCCCCGAACUCCAGCCUUUCACUCCCACAGAGCAGCCCAUUACCCCCACACCUACAUCUCGAGUCCCUCGGGUCAAGACAAAUAGGUCCUCUGUCAAGACCCCUGAAUCAGUUGUCCACACAGCCCCUGAACUCCAGCCUUCCACCUCCACAGACCAGCCAGACACUCCUAAGCUCACAUCCCAAGUUACUCGGGGCAGGUCACUUAGGUCCUCUGUCAACACACCUGAACCAGUAUUCCCUAUAACCCCUGAACUCCAGUCUUCUGCUUCCACAGACCAGCCUGUCAUUCCCAAACCCACAUCCCGAGUCACUCGGGGCAGGACACACAGAACUUCUGUCAAGACCCCUGAACCAAUCUUACUCACAGGCCCCAAAGUCCAGCCAUCUACCUCCACAGACCACCAGGCUGUUGCCCCCCAGCUCACAUCCAGAGUCACUCGGGGCAGGACACUUAGGUCCUCUGUCAAGACCCCUGAACCAAUUGUACCUACAGCCCCUGAGCUCCAGCCUUCCACCUCUGCAGAGCAACCUGUCACCCCUAAAUCCACAUCUUGGCCCACUCGGGGUAGGACACAUAGGUCUUCUGUCAAGACCCCUGAAGUAGUUGUCACCACAGCCCCUGAACUCCAGCCUUCCACCUCCAUAAACCAGCCUAUCACCCACAAGCCCAUAUCUAGAAUCAGUCGGGGCAGAACACGUAAGUCUGUUGAGACUCCUGAACCAGUUGAACCAUCAGCCCCUGAUCUCGAGCCUCCCAACUCCACAGACCAGCCUGUCGCUUCUAAGGCAGUAUGUCAGAGUGGAGCACUAGAGUCUUCAGCACUAAGUGCUGCUACACUUCCUGUCACUCCUGAAUUCCAUCCUUCUGUUACCAAGGACCAGCCUGUUCCCUUUGAGCCCACUCAAACCAGUUGUUCCAGGAGACAGAGAGCUUCUGGGAAGCAUGGCUCCCUUACAGCUCUCAUUGUCCACAAACCUAGCUCUGCACCCCCUGAACCUAAAUGCCGAUCCUCAAGGAACCAAAGACCAAGGGCACAGAGAGCAGCUGAAUGCCUUGGGACCGUUCCUGAGCCUUCCUUUCCCCAGCUUCCUGAGGCACCCAUUCAUGCUUCCCAGAUCCAAAAGGUGGAAGCAGCAGGUACAUCUGGGUUCGUCCCAGAGCCCCCACCUAAGGCCUCUCGAAGCCGCAAGAGACCUUCCACAACCAUAGAUUCACCCCCUCUUCAAAAACGUCCCCAAAGAGGGGAUGUCUCCCAGGAGACAAUGUUCCCCAAGGAGGAGGAAGAAGAUCCUGAGGAGAUGCCAGUGAAGGAAGAGGACAUAGUGAUUCCAGACAAGAGAAGGAGAGACCAGACAGAGGAGGAGCCCAAGGGAAUACCAAGCCGAAGCCUUCGACGGACCAAAUCUAACCAAGAAUCAGCAGUCCCUAAAGUUCUCUUCACAGGAGUUGUGGAUGCUCGUGGGGAGCGGACAGUACUGGCACUGGGGGGGAGUCUGGCCAGCUCAGUGGCAGAGGCCUCCCACUUGGUUACUGAUCGAAUCCGCCGAACAGUCAAGUUCCUGUGUGCCCUAGGGAAGGGAAUCCCCAUCCUGUCCCUGGACUGGCUACAUCAGUCCCGCAAGGCUGGUUGCUUCUUGCCUCCAGAUCAAUAUGUGGUGUCUGAUCCUGAGCAAGAGAAGAAUUUUGGCUUCAGUCUUCGGGAUGCCCUGCACCGGUCUCGGGAGCGAAGGCUACUGGAGGGCUAUGAAAUUCACGUGACCCCUGGAGUCCAGCCACCACCAUCUCAGAUGGGAGAGAUCAUCAGCUGUUGUGGAGGCACUGUCCUAUCCAGCAUGCCCCGGACCUAUAAGCCUCAAAGAGUUGUGAUCACAUGCCCCCAGGACUUCCCACGAUGCUCCAUUCCAUCUCGGGUUGGGCUGCCCCUCCUCUCUCCUGAGUUCCUACUGACAGGAGUGCUGAAGCAGGAAGCCAAGCCAGAGGCCUUUGUCCUCUCCACUUUGGAAAUGCGUUCCACCUGAAAAUUCCAGCACCCUUUUCCCUACCAGACAGUAAAGUUUUCUAGAAAACAAUUGGGGAAAAAAAAAAAAAAAACUCAGGACUUUAGAAAACACUGGGGUGUAUUGAUAUGACUUAUGAUGGAAAUGGUUGGGACCAGAAGGUUUAUGGGAAAACGGGGAGAUUUGGACCCACAGAUUUUCUGAAAUGGCCAUUUUAAAAUCAGCCAAUCCUGGAAUAGGAGUGUAGCUCAGUGGUAGAGCACUUGCCUAGCAUGCAUGAGGCCCUGGGUUUGAGCCCCAGCACUACCCCAAAACAACAAAAAAUUGACUAAUCCCAUGCUCAUAUAUCUUAAUGGAUGCUUGUCUUUAGCCAGACUGAUGUAAUUAUUACUCUAUGGCACACUCUCCUGCCUCCAACUUGGAAGCCAUCUCUCUCCUUUUCUGGAAUUCUUACUUGUCCUCGAAAAAUAGUGAAUACAACUUUGGCAUUAGGCACUUGAAGGGAUACUUGGAGUGAGUAGAUAUGAGGUGGAAUUGUGGAAUAAUACUAAAAUAUUUUUCUCGCUCCCAUCCCACCUGCUUAGGAGCAUCCUUAGCUUUAUCUUUGAGCAAUUCUCUGCACUUUUCUGGCCUGCUUUUUCAGUAUUUAUAAAAUUAGACCUUCGGCCUGAUCUCUGUGAUCAAUAAAUAUUCACUCUGUGCCUUAUGGUGUGGUGCAGUUUUCUUUUUGUUUGUUUUUAAAUGUCUGGUUUUGAGACACCCUUUUUAAAAAAUAGUUAGGAAACUAUUUAAUUUACUGUUAUUUUCUAUUUAGGACAAAUUAUGUAAUAUUAAAAGUUGGUCAAUUACAAGGUGUUAAUAUCAGCAUUUUCCAUAAUAGCCAAAAGAUGGAUAUAAUACAAAUGUUCAACAAGGAUGAAUGGAUAAAAAAAUGACAUAUGCAUACGUGGAAUAUUAUUCAACCAUAAAAAGGGAUGCAGUACUGAAAAGUGCUGCAAUAUUUUAAGGAUUAGCCUUAAAAACAUUUUGCUAAGUAAAAGAAGCCAGACACAAAAGGACACAUAUUAUAUGAUUACACUUCCAUGAAACAUCUAGAAUGAUAAAACUGUAGAGACUAAGCAAUAUUGGUGGUUGCCAGAGGCUGGAGAGGAAACAAUGGGUAGUCACUGCUUCGUGGGUCUGGAGUUAUAUUUUGGAAUUAAAUAGAGGUGGUAGUUAUGCCCAUUUGCAAAUGUUACUAAAAGCCAUUGUAUUCUCUUUAAAGGAAUUAGUUUUAUGUCCUGUGAAUUUUACUUCAAUAAAAAAUAAAUAAAUUUAUUUGUAUACUU